AUGAGCACACAGCAGGACUUGGCGUCACAGGCUCCUCUAUUAUCAGACUCGGCCUAUGUGUCUUAUGGGUCUUACCAGGCAGCUGGACGAGACCGGGAUAAUGUCAGUGAGGCAGGCGUCUCCCACUCAGGGCAGCAGCCAGAAAGGUGGAAUGAACCUCCAGUGAACUUGUGGCGUGUCCUGGCUACAUUCUACAGCUUCAUUGUAGUCGGCGCAAACGAUGGCGCAUACGGGGCCAUGAUUCACUAUCUGGGCCGAUACUACGACGCAGACUAUACCACAGUUUCCGUAGUGUUCCUUUCGCCAUUUCUUGGCUACGCUACCGCUGCCAUGGCCAAUAGCUGGAUACACGAGCGCUUCGGACAACGCGGAAUUGCCUUGCUGGGCACGGGGAUGCAUGUUAUCUCCUACUUUGCCACGACCCAGCACCCUCCCUUCCCGCUUCUUAUUACGAUAUUCAUCCUGGCUGGCCUGGGAAAUGGCAUCGUGGAUGCAUCGUGGAAUGCUUGGAUUGGUGCAAUGCAUAAUAGCAGCCAGUUAAUGGGGAUCCUCCACGCGUUUUAUGGUCUGGGGGCGGCUUUGGCACCGCUUACGGCCACGUACGUGAUCACCCAGAGAGACUGGAUGUGGUACCACUUCUACUAUAUAAUGGGUAUUGCAGCAACCGUCGAGUUUGUGACUUCGGUCGCUGCAUUCUGGUCAGCAAGAGGCUCGUUGGUUGAAGCCAGCGAACUGGGUGCUCCUGGGGACAACGUGCAACAAGAUGGCCGAGACUCGUCGAGACCCAACACAACACCAAAGAACCCAACACUUGAAUCAUUAAGUUUGGUCUCGACAUGGAUCAUCAGUCUAUUCCUGUUAGUCUAUGUGGGCAUUGAGGUCACCGUUGGAGGAUGGGUCUUCACGUUCCUCGUGGAUCUCCGGGAUACACCACCCUCUGUGGCAGGCGUUGUCACAUUCAUGUAUUGGGGAGGACUGACCGUUGGCCGUGUGUGCCUUGGAUUCAUCACACCCUACUUCAAGCGGCAACGUCUUGUUAUUGUUGUGUACUUACUGGCCUGUGUGGUGUGCCAUAUUGGUUUCUGGCUCGCCACGGAACUCCACCUAUCCAUGAUCGCAGUGACCUUACUGGGUUUCUUCCUGGGGCCCCUUUACCCAGAAGCGGUUAUUGCCCAGGCCGCACUCUUGCCAAAGCAUCUCCAUGUUGCAGCCGUCGGCUUUGCCUGUGCUCUGGGGAGCGCGGGUGGAUGCAUUUUCCCUUUCAUCACGGGCGCAAUCGCAAAAGCCCAUGGUAUCAAGGUUCUUCACCCUGUUGUCCUUGCGAUGUUUAUGUUGUGUUUGAUAUUGUGGUUUGCUCUUCCAAGGCAGCGCCGAGGAACCAAAGAAGCCGCAUCACCUGCCUGGAGCAGUUCACCUACACGGUCCUAG